CAACUUCCCCUUCUCCUCCUCCUCCUCCUGAGCUGAUAAUAUCAGUAGCUGUAGUGUCUACCGGCAGCCGUGAUUGAUGAUGAUGGAGUGGACAGCAGAGAGCACUUGCAUGUUGUCAGACGUUGGCAUGAAUCAAAGCACGUCGGACCGGGAUUUCGAGGCUCUUGUCUGGUGGCUCGGUAACGAAAACCUGGAAGAAGAAAGGACUGGCUUUUCAAGUUGUGGUGGGGAUGGGGGAACUCUUUUAGGGUCACAAAACCUCACUCCCAACCAUUCCAGUAUUACUGCCGCCAUGGAUUCCUACUCUCCAAGUGGAAAUUUGUCAUACGGAAGUCCGGAUUCUGCUAAUAAACCAAAAAGCAAUGAUAUUAAUGAAGCAAAAGGAGCUAUUAGUGUGUCCUCCCUUGAGCAAUCAGAUGUUGAUGAACUGAGCACUGAACCAAUUGAUUUAAAACGAAAGAAAAGGAGGGAUUCUAACCGGGACUCUGCCAGAAGAUCAAGGAUCAAAAGACAAGCACAUGUGGCAGAUCUUGAGUUGCAGGUUGGACAAUUGAGAGUAGAAAAGGCUUCCUUAUACAAUCAGUACUCAGAUAUUGCUCAAAAGCAUCAUGAUGCUUCCACAAACAAUCAGCUGUGGAGAUACAGGGUAGCAGAAUUAAGAGCCAAGAUAAAGUUAGCUGAAAGUAUGUUUCCUCGAGGCUCCACAAGUUUCAGUUUGACCCAACAUCCUCAAAGUAAUUUGUUUUCACCACAACAGGUUAACUGUUACAAUAUUCAUGGAACAAAUGUGUUGCCAACCAUCAAUGUCUGCCAAGAUGAUUUCUUAUAUGCAGGGAUGACAGUUCCAGGAAAUUCAACACUUGGACUUGGAGGUGUAGACGGGAGCAAUGGCAGUCUUAAUACUAGCAAUAUUAGUGAUGCUACAAGCUGUGUGUCAGAUAUGUGGUCUUAUAAUUAGAAAACCCAUUACUGUACAAUUAUUAGAUGUGGUGCUAUCAGCUAUGUAUUGUGAUGAAUCCCAUGACUGUUUUCCUAUUUUCCUCUUGUGAUACUCUAUUUUUACAUGCAACAUGGCAUAGGUAAUUGAUCUAUUUAACCAUAGCUGACUUUUGGGUGCGAAGUGGUAAUGGCAGAUUGUUUUGUCUGAACAACAACGUUAGCAUUCAUAAAUUCAAUAAAUAGUCUCAUAUUUU